CAGGCCCCCCCCGGCCCCCGCCAUGGCGCAGACGCUGCAGAUGGAGAUCCCCAACUUCGGGAACAGCAUCCUGGAGUGCCUGAACGAGCAGCGGCUGCAGGGGCUCUUCUGCGACGUGUCCGUGGUGGUCAAGGGCCACGCCUUCAAGGCCCACCGGGCCGUGCUGGCCGCCAGCAGCUCCUACUUCCGAGACCUGUUCCACAGCUCCAAGAGCGCCGUGGUGGAGCUGCCGGCGGCCGUGCAGCCCCAGUCCUUCCAGCAAAUCCUCAGCUUCUGCUACACCGGCCGCCUCAGCAUGAACGUGGGCGACCAGUUCCUGCUCAUGUACACGGCCGGCUUUCUGCAGAUCCAGGAGAUCAUGGAGAAGGGCACUGAGUUCUUCCUCAAGGUCAGCUCGCCCAGCUGCGACUCGCAGGGGCUGCACGGCGACGACACGCCGGGCUCGGAGCCGCAGAGCCCGGUGGCCCAGACCUCGGCGGCACAGGGCUGGGCGGCCGCGCUGCCGCUGGUGUCGCGGGUCAAGACGGAGCAGGGUGAGCCCGACGGCGUCCAGUGCACCUUCGUGGUCAAGCGCCUCUGGGACGGGGCCCCCAAGGAUGCCGGUGGCAACGGCAGCCGCAAAAUGGCCAAAUUCUCCGAGGCGGCGCCGCGCCCGCCGCAGCCGCCCGGCACCGCUGCCGCCCCGGCCCCUGCACCCGCCCCGGCGCCCGGCGCGGCCGCUGACCAGACCAGCCCCGGGGGCACGUCCAGCGCCUACACGAGCGACAGCCCUGGCUCGUUCCACAAUGAGGAGGACGAGGAGGAGGAUGCGGGCGAGGAAGGCUCGGACGAGCAGUACCGGCAGAUCUGCAACAUGUACACCAUGUACAGCAUGAUGAACGUGGGGCCCGCAGCCGCAGAGAAGGUGGAGGCCCUGCCUGAGCAGCCCCCCCCCGAGCCCCGGGCCCGCGCCCGCCUGCGCCAGGACCUGGCGUCGCUGCCGGCCGAGCUCGUCACCCAGAUUGGCAACCGCUGCCACCCCAAGCUCUACGACGAGGGCGACCCCGCCGAGAAGCUGGAGCUCGUCACCGGCACCAACGUGUACAUCACGCGGGCGCAGCUGAUGAACUGCCACGUCAGCGCGGGCACGCGGCACAAGGUGCUGCUGCGCCGCCUCCUCGCCUCCUUCUUUGACCGGAACACGCUGGCCAACAGCUGUGGGACCGGCAUCCGCUCAUCCACCAACGAUCCCAGCCGGAAGCCGCUGGACAGCCGGGUGCUGCACGCGGUCAAGUUUUACUGCCAGAACUUCGCACCCAACUUCAAGGAGAGCGAGAUGAACGCCAUCGCGGCCGACAUGUGCACCAACGCGCGGCGCGUGGUGCGCAAGAGCUGGAUCCCCAAGCUGAAGCUGCUCAUGGCCGAGGGCGACUCCUACACCUCCUUCAUCAACGACACCGGCAAGCUGGAGCCCGACAUCAUGGGCCCCGAGCCGCCCUUUGAGGCGGGGGGCCCCGAGCCCGAGGGGGGGCCUGCAGGGGAGGGGCUGCAGUGACCCCCGGGGACCCCCCCGGCGGGGAGGGGAGGCUGCGCUGGGGAGGGGGUGGGGACUCGGCCCUAAACUGGGGGACCCCCCCCCCAGGUGCAGCCCCCGCCCCCAGGAGUAGGGAACCCCCCCAGAGCCACCAGUGAGGGCGUAGGGACCCCCCCAGGGGCAGGGAACCCCCCCAUGGGGAGGGUCCCUCCAGUGAGGACCCCAUGAGGAUGAAGGGGGACCCCCCACAAGGGGCAGGGUCCCACCAGCAAGGGACCCAUGUGGUUUAGGGACCCCCCCAUGGGGCAGGGACCCCCCCCCAAACGGACCCCUCAGGGGCAGGGACCCCACAGCAGGGCCCCGGUGGGUCCUGUCCCCCCCCCGGCCCCCACAGCAUUUGGGGUUUGGGGGAGGGCGGCAGCGUCUCGGCACAAGCGCGGCUGCCUCCCCCCCCAGCAUUCGGGGGGGGUCUCAGCUUGGGGUCUCCCCAGGGCCCCCCCCGUGCGCCCCCGUUCCCCUCCAGGGCCACUCUGUCUCUGCAUGUGUGUCCCCCCCGUGUCCCCCCCGUCCCACGUCCCCCCCCCCCCCGGGGACCCCCAUCGCUCUGGGCAGCCCCUACAGCCCCCCCCCCCAUGUCCCCCCUGUCCCGUGUCCUCCCCCCAUCGCUCUGGGCAGCCCCGCUGGCCCCCCCAGCAUGUGUCCCCCUGUGUCCCCCCCCCCGGGGCCAGAGUGUCCCCAGGUGACCUGCAGCCCCCCCGCCAGGUCACUUGUCCGUAUGCGUCCCCAGGUGUGCGUGUCCCCCCCCCCCGCACAAAGGGGAGUGUCACUUGUCUGUGUCCCCCCCCCCCAAAGGAGCCGGGACUGCCAAAUUGGGGGGGUUCUCCCCUUGUUGGCCCCCCCUACACUGGAGUCUUUACUCGGGGGAGGGGGAACACCCGUGUGUGACCCGGGGCAGGACAGGGACACCCAGGGUGGGGGUGACACCUCUGGGCAGGGGUGGGGGACGCGGGCCCUCCCCUCCCCAGGGCUUCGCUGCGGCUUCACUCCACAGGGGAAACUGAGGCACAGUUUGGUGACAACCUCCCCGUCCCAUUCCGGCUGGGGGGGUCUGGGAGGGUCCCCCAGGUGUCCCCACUGCCCCCCCAGGUCUCCUGACGUUCGGUCAAGUGCCUUACCCGCCCCUCCCCCGGGCUCCCUCCGCGUCUCCACUGCCCCCCCCGGCCCCCCCUCGGCCCCCCCCGGGGCACAGGGACCUCCCCCAACCCCCCCGCCUGGGUUCCCCCUUCUCCUCCCCUCUCUCCGUGCCUCAGUUUCCUCUUUUUCCAACGAGUUCUGCCGGUCUCAGCCCGCCGGGGGCGGGGAGGAAGGGGGGGAGUGUCCCUGCUGUCCCCCCUUCCGAUCCCACCCUCCCCAAAAUCGGGGUCCCGCUCUUUGUUCGCUCCUUUAGCUGUACAGAAGGGGGGGGGGGCGCGGCGGCGGCUCGGCAGCAUGGACCCCCCCCCGUGCUUGCGCUUCCCCCGCCCCCCCGGGGACCCCCCCAGUGUCUGUCCUGUGUAAUGAAGUGCCAAGACCACCCCCCCCUCCUCCCGGACACCCCCCAGGGGCCCUUCUGGAGCCCCCCUAGACCCCCCGGGACCCCCCCCCCCGAGCCCCCCGACGCUGGAGGUUGCACAUGAACUGCUGUUGGGCGCGAGGGAGCGUGUGAAUAGUGAAAAUAAACACAGAGUUUGUAACA